AUCAGGAAAGGUGAAGAGGACGAGAAGAAGAUGCACAGAGGAUUCUGCGAGGAGGUGUGAAAGGCUGAGCGCAGCGGGAAGUUCCGGCACAGUCCCAGAAACCCCGUGGAGACGGAUGGAAAGAAUGCAGACGAAAAGCGAAUCAAUCCCACUUCAUCCACAGCAGAGCGAAAUGUCAUCGUUGCCGCGCCGAAGUCACGAAGGCCUCCUCCAAGUCAUGAGUCACGCCGUGCGGCGAUGAUGCACUGAGAGGAAAAAGCGCAGGAUCGUGGGCUGUGAUCACCCCCGGAGGCUGCAGCGAAGGCAGAGACCUGAGAGUGGUGCAAGCAAGGUGAACUCAGUCGUCCACGUCCUUACCGGGGGUGGGGGGGAAAGGGUGCAAUCUUGACCCUCUGCAGGGGGGGAUCGGUGGAGAAAUCCAAACCAGAUCCGUAAACUAAAUUAUGGCCACUCUACUGCGGAAAAUCGGUCUGAUCCGCCUCCACGACCGCGACACCGAGGACCCCAAACACCACCAAGGCUCUUUAAAGGGCACCAAAGGAAACCAGAAAAACAACAAACACUGUCAGACGGCCAACGACGCCAACAUCCUCAGCACCCCGGAGAUUAAGGCCAGGAAGCUGGACCAGCACGGCAAGGACAAGGAGAAGCCGGGCAAGGAUGCCAAGGAAAAACCACAGCAGCAGCAGCAGCAACAACAACAGCAAACCGGAGGAGGCGGGAAUAAAAGCACCGGAGCCUCCUCCGUACCGCCGCUCGCCCCUCACCGGCAUCACUGCACCCAAGUGCGGACGCGCAGGCUGAUGAAGGAGCUGCAGGAGAUCCGGAGGUUAGGGGACAACUUCAUCACGGUGGAGCUGGUGGAGGACAACCUGUUCGACUGGAACGUCAAGCUGCACCAGGUGGACAAGGACUCGGCGCUGUGGCAGGACAUGAAGGAGACCAGCACCGAGUUCAUCCUGCUCAACGUCACCUUCCCCGACAACUUCCCCUUCUCGCCGCCCUUCAUGCGGGUGCUGACGCCCCGCUUGGAGAACGGCUACGUGUUGGACGGCGGCGCCAUUUGCAUGGAGCUGCUGACCCCCCGCGGAUGGUCCAGCGCCUACACGGUGGAGGCCGUCAUGAGGCAGUUUGCGGCCAGCCUUGUAAAAGGACAGGGGCGCAUAUGUCGGAAAGCGGGCAAGUCCAAGAAGGCCUUCAGCCGUAAAGAGGCCGAGGCCACCUUCAAGUCGCUGGUGAAGACCCACGAGAAGUACGGCUGGGUGUCCCCGCCCGUGUCGGACGGCUGAGCGCCGACCCCUGACCUCCGCCCGCAAAAUGACACACCGCGCUAACUCAACGAAUCCGUCACACUCACCUUUUGCUGUAGCUUUCUAUGUGUGUGCGUGUGUGUGUGUGUGUGUGUGUGUGUGUGUUACUUGGGGGAUUUGUUUUUAAUAUGCAGACAAGUGAGCACCAUCAUCUUCAUCUUCUUCUUCAUCAUCAUCAUCAUCAUCACUUCGACAGGAAGUGACUUGUCGUCACCGCUCGCCAAGGGAAAUCCCAAGGCCCGAGAGGGAGGUGUGUGUGUGCAUUUGGAGAUCCAUUUCUUUCCUGGUUAUUAAUUUUGUUUUCUUCUUCUCAUGCACGUGCGGCUGGAGAACUUGUGAAACUGAAUGGCGCAGACUCAUCCCCGCUCCUGUUGCUCUCUCCUUGACCCCCGCCCACCCCCACCGCCGCCCCUCUCCCUUCUCCUUUUCUGCAUUCGUCUUCGUCGUCUGUGCGCGGGUGUGAGCUCAUUUGCAUAUAAAUGAAGCCGUUAAUGUUUAAUAGAUGGGCAGCGGGCCUCGCUCCCUCCUUCAUUUCCUCUUUUCUCUUUUUUUUUUUUUCGUCGACUGUUCGGUUGCCCACACUUGGAUGCAACAUGAAGAUUGUAACGUACAUGGAACUGUGCACUCUCUCUCUCUCUCUCUCUCUCUCUCUCUUUCUCUCUCUCUCUCUCUCUCUCUCUCUCUCCAAGCUGUCUCGCCCACCAUCUUUCUCUCGCGGCUAAAUUUAGAGCUCACUGUUGUGUCGAUGGAUUUUGAUUUCUAAUGGAGGAAGAAGAAGAAAAAAGGCACAUGUUGCAUUAUGCAGAGACUUUGUAUGAUACGUGGAACGAUCGUCAAUCGUCUGUUUCGGUGCGUGUUGAUGAACAAAAGGGCGGUCAUAAUUUUUGUGCGUGUGCAUGUAAGCGACAGGCCCUUUAAAAGCAGAAAAUCUGAACUGUGAAUGACACGAAGGCCUAACGAGUUAGUUUUUAAGGGACUGCACGGCUCUGUGUGAUCGGUAUGAAGCAACCAAAGUCUAGCAGGAAAUCCACUCGUGCGCACAUCUACUGUACUUGCACGGCUCGGAAUGCAGGCGGUUCGGGGGCGGGGGGUGGGGUGGGGGGAUGCUCGCCGUGUCAACGAAUGUACGCAACGUGAUUGCGCAGAGAGAGAGACAUCCGCGGCUGUUAGGGAUCGCUACUUCGAAAAUGUCAGCGGGCUGGAAGAUGGGGAGGAAUCUGUAUUGCCAACUUAAUGGAUGCACGGGGAUAAAUAAAACACGUAGGAGGCAGUUUUGGAACACCUGCAGAAGAGGAGUGAAGAAAAUAUGACGUUGCUUUUGAAAAGAUUUUUCUGCGAGGUGGAUAUUUUUGGGCUACAGCAUCAGGAAAGGACAGGAUGUGCAGAUGGGUGGAUAUUUAAAGUUGGUCACACUGCAGUGUGAAGGUACACAUGCCUGACUCCUCUAAUCAGUCUUUAGCUAGCACUAAAAUUGACGGUGGUGCAGCUGGUAAAGCGUUAGCCUCACAGUUCUGAGGAACCGGGUUCGAUCCCGGCCCCGCCUGUGCGGAGUUUGCAUGUUCUCCCCCGUACCUGCGUGGGUUUUCUCCGGCACUCUGGUUUCCUCCCACAUCUCAAAAACAUGCAACAUUAAUUGCACACUCUAAAUUUCCCGUAGGUGUGAUUAUGAGUGCGGCUAUUGGUCUCAACGUGCCCUGCGAUUGGCUGGCAACCAAUUCAGGGUGUACACCACCUCCUGCCAGUUGACAGCUGGGAUGGGUUCCAGCACUCCCCGUGACCCUUGUGAGGAUAAGCGGCAAAGAAGAUGGAUGGAUGGAUGGAUGAUGCUGUUAGGUUAACUAUAGGUGUGUAAGAAUUUCGAGAAAUCGUCCGCCACGUUUAUUCGGCGCUCUUCAGUCCACAUGAGUUCGACGCCACUCAGGCAUCUGAAAUGUGUCCGUCCUGUCAGCUCGUCUUCGGCGCGCGUUACUUCUGCUAUGUGCCAGUUAAAUGUCAUCGGCGAAGCUGCUAAUUGGGCUGACAUUUCCGCCGAGCGUCAUUAAAGGGAGACAGGCGCUUGAGAGCGAAAGGAUGGAGGAUGUCAAACCUCCCCCUCACGCCCCCCUCCGAACCCCAGCCCACCAUCCUCCACCCGCUGGCAUUUCGGUUCCCGUUGCGUUACCCCCGCUGCGUUUGUUUUAGGAGAGGAGGGCAGAUGGAGAAGUGAGGUUGAAGAAUGCGCGUCGGGGUGAGUUUUGGGGAGGAGGGGGGGUGUGGGUGUUCAUCAUAACAAAAAGACAUGACGUCAAGUUUCUUUUCCGAGUUGAUUGUAUAGUGCUCUCUUGGCUCACCGGUGCAGAAAUACUGUAAAUUGAAUUCAUAUUACACCACAAAAUAUCUCCAAGUUGAGUGUUUGCUGGUUUCAAGCCAAACCAUUUUGUGAUAUAGAUUUAGACUGAUAGCUAGCGCAGACACUAACUGAGCUUGGUUAUGUUGUAUUAUAUUUGCAUGUCAACUGUGAUUGGUAGCUACCUGCUGUAUAGUUUCUUUGUUUUUUAAGAAAAGUCGGGGGGGGAAAAAAACUGCGGAGACGAACAAAAAAAAAUGCAAGUGCUUCUUUUUGUUUUUUCGGGGAGGGCGGAGAGGAGUUUCCGUACUGUACGUGCGUUUUCUUUUUACGCGUCCUCAAAUGUCAUAUUGUCUUCUAUGAAUGUGUUUUAAUUUAUUUGUUGUUUGCCAAAAAUGAAGAUUUGAAGCAUGGUGCAGGGAUUGUCACGAGAAAAAGUAAAAUCUUACUUCGAAGGAUCUUUGUGUUUAUUUGGAGGACUGAAGGACAAAGUUGCAAAGCCUCAACAACUUGAGAAGAAAAUCCCAUCACGCCCCAAACAAAGUUGCAACGCGUCCCAAAACUUCACACCCUUCACCUUCAGUCCUGCAGUCAUUCGGCUCCGCGCGGUCCAAACUAAAAUGUGGACAGAACUUUUCCCUCCCUUCAAAUCACUGUCGUAGGAUCAGUCUUGUUCUCCCAGUGCUUCACAUCUCAUUUGUCACAUGGGCAUGUACACAUCUGACCCGAGAUCAGCUGGACAAUUCCAUUCUUCUUGACUUGAUUGUUUGGUCCAACUUAAAAAAAAAAAAAAGAAAAGAAAAGUGGGAAAAGGUUGGUUUGCAAGACCAAACAAGAAUGUGCAAUAAA